AGUUGUAAAACGUCAGUAGCGGCAUACAUUCAGUUUGGCUCACACGGACCGGCCCAGGGUGUAUGUGUCGCCGCAACUUGCUACAAUAAAUAGAACUAAGACUUCUUUCUUGUCAUAAAAUAUUCAUCUGUUCAAUGUGUUGAACUCACUGGUUUCUCUUGCAUCUAUUCUUUGUCCUAGAGAAUUCGUGAGCUCUCAAACGUGAAUCUUAGUUGAUGUUAAUCGUUUGAGCGAGGUUACUACAUACAUGUGCUUAGGAUUAUACGUGUCAACAUCGUUACUUAUCAAUCAGUAAAGGUACAAUUAAAAAAAUGAAUGGUCGAAUGCGUUUUGCAAAGCCUCCUCCAAGGCUGGAUGCUGGCAGGGUACGCAGAAAUAGUGUUGCAGUAGCACCUGUCGUGCCUACACCUCCUCCAGCAGUUGUCAACGGUGCAAAUAGUGCUAGUGAGUCGGAAGAAGAAAUCAAGAGACCCCCUACUCCGUCGUCCCCAGUGAAGUCGAUUCCUCCUCUCUCACCUCAUCGAUCUGCUCCUUCGCCUCAUCGAGCCUCUGUCUCACCUCAACGAGCCAUUCUUUCACCGCAUCGAGCCCCUCUUUCGCCUCGAGCCAGAAGUGAAUCAGUCUGCUCGACACAGAGCCAUAAUGAAAUCACUAGCUCUCCUGUUGUUAAUAAUAAUCCUUCCAAGCUCAAUGUUGCUCCUAAAAAGAGAACAGCUUUGUCAGAAACUGCCAAAAAACUUGCAGACUCAAGAAAAGAGUUUAUGCAAAAAAAAUCAGACAUAACUCAUGACAAAGGAAAACUAAAGAUGUUAGAUUUAAUUUAUUAUAACCCUAAAGGAGAUCCAAUGACAUCUAAGCCAACAACUAACCGAACUGCAAGAACAACAUCUGUUUGUUCAGCCAUCUCUGAAAGUGAUAGUGUUCAAGAUGAAGAACCACGAGCUCUUGGUCCUCAAAUAAAAUUGGGACCCGAUGGUCAAAUGAUGAUCGAUCAAGAGAGUUUAGUUGCCAAUAAACUUUUGGAUAUAGAAAAUAUGGAAAUAAUUGAAGAUGAAGAACCUACUGGAGGUUUUUAUAAAAGACGUUCCAAAAGCAAAGAUUGGAAUAAGUGGGCCACCAUAAAAUUUUAUAAAGCUCUAAGUACCUAUGGAACUGAUUUUUCAUUGAUGAAAGAUGUAUUUCCUGAUAGAAAAAGAAUUGAAUUGAAAUUAAAAUACAAAAAAGAACUAAAAGAGAAUCCAGAGCUAGUGGAAAAAGCCUUAGAGUAUCAAAUAUUUGAACCUGAUCUAUUAAAAGAAGCAUUUGAAGAAAUUGACAAUUCUCAGAAGAAAGAAUUAGAGAAACUCAAGAUGAAAAAGGACAAUGAAGAGGCUCAGAAGAGAAAACGCAAAAGAUGUGUUAUGGUACGAGAUUGUAUAGAUCAGGCAAAUGGAUCUGUUAAAGAUAGUGAAGCAAAUGACAACAAAUCAGAUGAAAAUUCUGAUGGGUCUCGCAUAACUAUUACAGAUAAAAAACGUAAAAAGCCUGUACGUGGUAAAAAAAAGGUUGUAUGUAAACGCAGACGAACAAUAGAAAGUAGUGGUCCUUCAGAAAAUGAAGAUGACAGUAACCAAAAUAAAAAAGAAAAUGAAGGUAAAAAAAACAAAAAUGAAAAGAAAAAUGAAGAUAUUACUGAUCAAAAUGAAGUAGAAAAUAAUGAUGAAAGUAUCCAAAAUGAAAAGAAAAAAGACGAUGAAAGUAGUGAAAAUGGAGUGGAAAAUAAAGAGGAAAGUAGUCAAAAUAGAAAAGAAAAUGAAGAUUUUAGUGAAAAACAGGAAAAUACAAGUAAAGAUAAAGAAAGUCAAAUUGAAAAGGAAAGUGAAGAUAACAUUGUGAAAGAGAGUUAA